AUGGAAGAUGACACAGCCAAAGACCCCGACAUCAAACCCCUAGUCUCGGAAACGGACCUGUCAAACGCCCUUCGCCACCUGGAAAUCCUCCUAUCCUCCCAGCCCUCUCCUGCACUGCCGCAAAGACUCGUAUCCCCAAUACUGCUCCCCCUCUGGGCACUAACUAAUUUUGCAAAAUCCACUGGAAGAAGCACGUGGUACGAGCGUACCAUCUUACUGCUGAGAACCUACAUAAAGACAUCCCCCGAUGAGUCUGCCCUUCAGAAGAUUCAAGGGCGGAUACUAUAUUCUGGCGGGGAAGCAUGGGAAUUUGGACCCGGGAGUGAAGGUGGAAUCGAGAUUCGGUUUCGAGUUGGGGGAGCUGCAGGGUUCGAUCUUAGUAAGGCCGAUGCUAGGGUUCAGGAAUUCUUGGGGCUGCUGGAGGACGAUGGUGUUAGCGGUGGUGUCUUUAACGACUUCUUCCUGAGGAUCUUAAGGGUUUGGCUUGGUCGACGGAACAGCGAGGUUGAGGAUCCCGUAGAGAUGUUUACUACGCUCAAGAUCUUGCAGGAGGUGCUGGGCAGGUAUGAGGAAAUGCUUGCUAAGAAUCCCACGCAGAUAUUGCAAAUUGUCAAGGGGGUAUUGGAUGAGCAUAUGGAGUAUCUUGAGGGCUUAAAUACUUCAGCUGAAGCCGUCAUCACACCAAGUUUGGACGGCCUGGGGAAGAUUAUCUCCAACUCGCCUCCACCAUACCUAAAAGCGGAUGGUGGGGGAGAAGAGCUAGGCGAAGAGAAUGAACGCACCCAAACCUUAACAAUGGCCCUCUCUCUCCUAAGUGUGAUAAUCUCCAACCCAACCACUAAACUAACACACUUGGACGAGCGUUUAAUCCAAAUCCUCCAGCCAGCACUCGCUCACAUCACCGCUUCAAAGUUCACAAACCCGGACAUCAAAACACUAAUGCUGAACAUAACGUCCUUGCUGACUCUCCACUCCCCCUCCACCAACUCCCCCUCCUCCCCAACCACCCUCCUCACCCGCCAAAAAGAAACCUACUUACUCGCCCUCUCUUACCUCCGCGACCCACUAAUCCCCGUACGCGCCCACGGCCUACACCUCCUCCGAGAGCUAAUCCUAUCCUCAUCCCCAGUAAUAAACAUCCAAACUACCCUCUCACAACUAAUCAGCCAACUAAAAGACGACGACAGCUUCGUAUACCUAAACACAAUAAAGUGCCUAUCAGCCCUGACAGACAGGCAUUCCGGAAGCGUGACAAGAAUGCUAGUAGAAGCAUACCUGGACAACGAAGAAGAAGGACAAGGGAAAUUAAGCCUGGACCAACGCCUCCGACUAGGAGAAGCCCUCCUAGCAACAGUACAGCGCCUGGGCGGGGCACUAGUCGGCGAGACGGCAAGGCUACUCAGCGAAGCAAUGAUAAGCACCGCCUCCAGCCGUCGCCGUCGCCACCACAAACACACACCUCCACACGAUCCGCCCAAAGACGAAGAAGGAGAGAAUCCAGUAGCAGCAGCAGAGGACGAACGAAUACGCACAAGCGCACUAUCAAUCCUCGGCGCAGCCAUAGAAACAAACCCGACCGGUCUCGGUUCGGGCAUCAUCUCGAACGCUCUGGACGUGUGCGUUUCCAUACUCACGCUGGAGACCGCGGCGGAGGGCGCCACCCUUCGGCGCGCGGCUGUGGUUUGUAUUUCUGGGGUUUUGAAAGCUCUUGUCGGUGGUGGCGGCGGCGGCGGCAGCGUGGAGGAGGCUGGGGUGGGGUGGAGAGAGGGGGUCUGGGAGGUUGUCAGGGAGCGGGUUUCGGUGAUUCGGAGGGUCGUGGGCUAUUUGGGGGUCACGGAUGGGGACGGGUUGGUGAGGGAGCAGGCGAGGGUUGUCAUGGAGAACUUGGAGGCCGUUGUUUGGGUUUGGGUUGGGAGGGGGGGGACGAGCGUGGCUGUCGGUGGUGGUAUGUUGGGGAAUUUGGAGGGCGUGGUCGGUGUCUGAAUUUUUACACCCCUGGGCCAAAUGUAAAAAAAAAAAAAAAAAAAUUGAUCACAUCU